AACAGCUGAAAGUAUCGUUUGGGAGGUUUUCUGUGUCCAUUUGCAACACUUCAAUACAACUGAGGACUGAGAGACUUCAGGGAAAGGAGAAGUGCACCAGUUGAUUUCAUAACACCUCACAGUUUGUCAAACAAAGCCAAAGUCAACAGAUUUCAUGGAUCAACAAACUCAUUUACAUGCAGGAGGUUAUGGACAACCUUCGGUCAUCAUUAAUCGAAACCUGCAGAUCCUCAAGGAUACGUUUGGAACGAUGGUUUCACGGGCUCGUCAGAGGUUUAUUCAAGGCUUUCUUGUUUUUAGUUUUGUCUUACUGGUCCUUUGGAUUGCUACCUUUUUAUACGGAAGCUUUUACUACUCUUACAUGCCCAAAGCGUCUUUUUCAACCCCAGUGAACUAUUACUACAGGACAGAUUGUGAGUCUCCAACCUCUUUUUUGUGCUCUUACCCUUUGGCAAACAUCUCUCUGAUGAGGAAUAAGAAACAUGUGCUGACACUGGGCCAGCCUUAUCGGAUCUCCCUACACCUUGAGAUGCCUGACUCUCCGGUCAAUCGAGAGAUCGGGAUGUUCAUGAUCAGAACCACCUGCUUUUCCCGUGAGAGCAGGCCAGUUGCCAACUCAGCUCGUUCUGCAAGACAACUGCUGUCCACCACCAGCUCUCACUUUAGCAUCCUGCGAUACCAUUCAGAGUUGCUGAGGACUCUGGGAACACUGCUUUUCCUCCCAGCAUACCUGUCUGGAGCAGCUGAGCAGAAACAAGUGCUGGAGGUGGAGCUUUUCUCAGAUUAUACAGAUGAUCCUUAUAGCCCCUCAGACACAGCCAUCAUUGAGAUUCUGUCCAGCAAGGUUCAGAUCUACUCAUCUCAUCUCUACAUUCAUGCUCACUUCACUGGUUUAAGAUACUUGCUGUUCAAUUUCCCUGCAUUUUCAGCCAUGGUGGGAAUCUCCAGUAACUUCGUUUUCCUCAGCAUCCUCUUCCUCCUCGGCUACGUGAGACAGAUAUUGAGGUUUAAUAGGAAACCAGAGCAGAUCAGAGCACAUGUGCUACGUUCAGAAAGGGAGCAAAAUCAGCAAGAUAAUGAAAGAAAUACUCCUGAAGGUUCAACUCGGAUAAGAUCCACAAAUCUGCGUCAACGGCAGAACCAUGGGCACCAAACAUAAGUCAGCAACUUCUAGCCUGGGGUCAGUUAUAAAGGAGAGACCUAUGACUCCAGAAGCAUCCGCGUACUACUGUCAAAUAUCAACUGCAGUCUUGUUGAUCAUUGAUAUUGCUGGACAAAAAAAACUUUUCAUCUGCUACUGGAGGAAAAACAUCUAAUCUUUACUAAAUCAGGCUGAUUCCAAAUCUGAAAAUACAAUUUCUCCUGCACAUCAGGUAUUA